UAAAGAUUGAAUCGUAUCACGUGACAGACAGUGAUCAGGAGCACAGGUGAGUCUCAAACCAAAAGUGUUUCAGAGACUUCUGGAUUCUGUUCCUGCAGGACAAGACCGUCUGUGCUGCUGAAGUCAUGCUGAGCAUCUGAUGGUCUUCAGCGACACAGAGAUACCAGAGCUGAGCUGUUUUCAGUGUCAGUUUAUCUGCAGUAAUGUCAGAGGAGCGAGGAAAGGACUCUCUCUCUAAGAUGAGUCUCUCAGAGGAACAGAGUGUAAGAUCAGACUCACAUGUGUCCAGCUCUGUGUCUAUGAAGAGUGACUGUUCAAAAGGUGAAGCACCAAAAUUCAGUGAGAGAAAACCAUCAACUAACAAAAGUGUAGGAUCAGACUCACAUGUGUCCAGCUCUGUGUCUGUGAAGAGUGACUGUUCAAAAGGUGAAGCACCAAAAUUCAGUGAGAGAAAACCAUCAACUAACAAAAGGCUUCAAUAUGAGACGUUAGACUCAGACGUUCAGAUUCACAGGAACCACGAGAGUUUCAAAGACAAUCUCCUAGAGAUCUUCCAGGAUCUUGAGAGCAAAAUAAUCACGUUUCUGAAGAAUGAACUAGAAAAGUUUAAGAAAAUAUUACAAAAAGAGAACACACAACACUUUGUGAAGGACUUUAAUGAGAAUAGAUGCAGUACCAAAGCAGCAGCUCUUGAUCUCACACUACAUUACCUGAGAGAGAUGAAGCAAGAUGAAGCUGCUGAUGCUCUAGAAGAUGAGCUGCUCUUCAUUCGUCAGCUAAAAUGUGGCCUAAAGAAGAAGUAUCAAUGUGUGUUUGAAGGAAUUGCGAAACAAGGUGACUCCACACUUCUGAAUAACAUCUACACAGAUCUCUAUAUCACUCAGGGUGGCAGUGAACAGGUCAAUACUGAACAUGAGGUCAGACAGAUUGAAGUUGCUUCCAGGCGUCAUGAAUCUCAAGAGAUACAGGUUAAAUGCACACAAUUGUUUGAAGCUCCUGAACAAGACAAGGAGAUCCGAACUGUACUGACAAAAGGAGUCGCUGGCAUCGGAAAAUCAGUCUCUGUGCAAAAGUUUGUUCUGGACUGGGCUGAAGGAAAAGAAAAUCAAGAUAUCCGCUUCAUAUUUCCUUUUCCAUUCAGAGAGAUUAACUUAAAGGAGAAAGAAAAACUAAGUUUGAUGGACCUUAUAACUCAGUUUUUCCCAGAGACAAAAGGACUGAACCUUACAAGAAGGAAUCAGUUCAAAGUCCUGUUCAUCCUUGAUGGAUUGGAUGAAUGUCGCCUUCCUCUGAAGUUUGAUUGUAAUGAGACGUGGCGUGAUGCAUCAUCACCAGCCUCUCUGGAUGUUCUCCUAACAAACCUCAUGAAGGGAAAUCUGCUUCCUUCUGCUCUCAUCUGGAUCACCACCAGACCAGCAGCUGCCAGUAAGAUUCCUCCUGACUGUAUCGACCGGCUGACAGAGAUACGAGGAUUCAGUGAUGCACAAAAGGAAGAGUACUUCAAGAAAAGAUUCACGGAUCAGAAUCAGGCCAAAACAAUCAUUGAUCAUGUUAAAAAAUCAAAGAGUCUCUUUAUCAUGUGCCACAUCCCAGUCUUCUGCUGGAUUUCAGCCACUGUUCUCCAGAACAUUCUGGAGGAGAAAAGAAAUAAUGAUGUGAAAAUCAAUCAGGCUGAUGAGAUCUCUAAAACACCUUGGAGAUCAAGUACUGAAGACACUCCCAAGACUCUGACACAAAUGUACACACACUUUCUCCGCUUUCAGAUCCAGCAGAGCCGCCGAAAGUAUGAUGGAGAAUACGCACCAGAUGUUUCCUGGGAUAAAGACGCCAUCCUUUCACUGGGGAAACUGGCACUUCAUCAGCUGGAAAGAAACAACGUGAUCUUCUAUGACACAGACCUGGAAGCUUGUGGUAUUGACGUCUAUAAGGCAUCAGUGUACUCAGGCAUGUGUACCCAGAUCUUUAAGGAGGAAACAGGGAUCACUCUUGGUACCAUGUACUGCUUUGUUCACUUGAGCAUUCAAGAGUUUAUUGCAGCCCUUUAUGAACAUCUGUUUCUAGACAUCAACAAGACAAGUGUGUUUGAUCACGAGUCUACAGAACAGGAAAACAAAAAUGAAACCUUGAUUGAUUUUCUCAAGACUGCAGUGGACAAGGCGCUUGAGAGUGAUAAUGGACACCUGGACCUUUUCCUUCGCUUCCUCCUCGGUCUGUCACUCCAGUCCAAUCGACGACUCUUACGAGGUCUGUUGACACAGCAAGACGACAAAGACCAGAGCAGCAAGGAAAUAGUUCAGUACAUCAAGCAGAAAUUAGAAGGUAAUCUGCCUGCAGAGAGAUCCAUCAAUCUGUUCUACUGUCUGAAUGAACUGAACGACCAAACUCUGGUGAAGGAGAUUCAGACCCACCUUAGCAAAGGAAGUCUCUCAUCUGGUGACCUUUCACCUGCCCAGUGGUCUGCUUUGGUCUUUGUGUUGUUGACAUCAGAGGAAGAGCUGGAGGAGUUUGAGCUUCAGAAAUUCAAGAAAUCAGACGAGUGUCUCAUUAGAUUAUCAGCAGUCAUCAAAACCUCCAGAAGAGCUCUGUUAAAUAAUUGUAACUUAACAGACAAAAGCUGUUCAGCUCUGGCUACAGUUCUUGGAUCAGAUACUAAUCUGAAAGAGCUGAACAUGAAUAAUAAUAACCUGCAGGAUUCAGGAGUGAAGCAGCUCUGCACUGGACUGACAAAUAUAAAGUGUGAAUUGGAGAUAUUGAGGUUAAGCUGCUGUGAUAUGACAGAUGAAGGUUGUUCUGCUCUGACUUCAGCUCUGAAAUCAAACCCAUCACACCUGAGAGAGCUGAACCUGAGUGUGAAUGAUCUAGGAGACUCUGGAGUGAAAAACCUCAGUGAUGUACUGAUGAACCCACAAUUCAAGCUGGAGAAACUAGAUCUGAGUUACUGCAGUAUUACAGAGGAACAGUGUGUCAUCCUGACUUCAGCUCUGAAAUCAAACCCGUCACACCUGAGAGAGCUGAACCUGAGCGGGAAUAUAAUAAACAACACAGGAGUGAAGCACUUAUGUGACGUACUGAAGGAUUCACACUGUAAACUGGAGAGAUGUAAAAUUAGUCUGAAUAGAUGCAGUAUUACAGGAAACAGAGUCUCAUCCUGA